AUGCAUUAAUAAAAAGCUUCCCCCAGAAUUUAAUAGUAUAUUUACCUUUUCUUAAUUUGUUUUUAAAUAUAGAUUAUAUUCAACAUCUGAAUAUAAUUCUUUUGUAAUACUGUAUGAUAAUAAAAUUCAUCACUUUAAUUAUGAAUUCUACUUUAACUUUUAAACACUAAAUUACAACUGUUCCUAUUCCUAAGAUGAUAGAAAGAUAAAUAUAGAUAAACUAUUUGAAAGCUAUCUACAAUAAAACAUUACUAUAUUACUAUUUGAAAAAGCUUAAGUUCUUCAAGAAAUUUUGAAGAAUUCGAAAAAAGGUUUAGUGAAAUCUCAAGUUCUAAAAUUAUGCAGAAAAAUUAGUUAAAUUCAUAUUAGAUUUGAUCAAAGUAUUAUAAAUAUUUCAUAGUUUAGGUAACACACAUUUAAUAUCAGUCCUGAAAAGAUUUUAAUUGGAUUAGUUUUAUAAUCUAAAUUAUGAAAUUUUGAAAGUUCCUAUUUUUAAGUACGAAAUAAUUUAUUUGAGUAAUAUGAACAUUUACCUAAUGAAUUUAUUUCUUGGGUUUAGAAGAAAUAAAAAUUAACAUUCUCAAGAACUAUUUGAAUGUAAGAGAGAACCUGAAUAAAACGAUUUUUCUUAAAAUUAGCUUAAUACCGUUGAUAGUUUUGAAUUGAAAUAGUUAAUGUAUUAUAAACUAUUUAAAGUUUGCUAUAAUUAAAAUUCUCAUAAGGGAGUAAAGUAUCAAUUUUCUUAUAUAAUUUUGAAAUCUAAUCAAGUGACUUUUAAUUCGAAAUACAUAGGAAAUAUUUUAGUGAUGAAUAAGUAUUUAUUAUUACACAUAUAAUAAAGUAAAAAGUAUAUUAAAUUUGAUAAUAAGUAGCACUAUUUCUUUUAUUAGGAGUUUAUCUAAAGAUGAAAAAAAGAAGUGA